CAGCUUCAGUACCUGUUAGAGCGCGGGAUGGCCGGGUGCUCAGAUUAGAGGUGUCAGGGUUCGUUAAUCUGUGAGGGAGUGACAGACUGCCACUCCCGCUGCUUCUGCACGCGCUCCCAUUCAUCGGUGGCGAAGGGGAGCGGAGCACAUUUGGUGUUGACGCGCGUCGGGGAAUUUCCCCCCUCUUUUUACAAUGAAUACCUGCAGGGUACAUGCCUGGGUGUUUCUGGUCCUAUCAUUGCAGAACGGGACAGUGGCAUCGCAGUUUCCCACACAACUCAUGAUUAAAGAAUGGGUUGAUCAGAUACAGAAAGAGCUUGUCACCCUGGCAGACACAGCCACAGCUGGGAAGAGCCUCACUCAGAUUUUCCUGGAAAACCAGCACCUGUACAGUGUUGAGCAAAACGACGCAGAGGAGCUGGUGGCCAGAGCAGCCACGAAAAUUGAACAGCUGCUGCGGAAGAGAUCUGCUGCCUUGGAGAAACUGGCCACAGCUGCUGAGAAUUUCCAGAUGCAGCAUAACUGGAAAGACGAUUUUGAGGGUGAUGAAAUCUCCUACUACAAUGCAAAGGACAAUCUGGAUGCAAAUGAGACAGAGGGAAGAAAAUACAAGAUUCGACCAGACUUUAUAGAGGAUCCAUCAUUUAAACGUUUGACUGAUCACAACCACACGGCUGUCCACAUCCCCACUGACAUCUAUGAUGGCUCCACCAUUGUGCUGAAUGAACUGAACUGGUCGGAGGCACUGGAGGACGUGUUUAGAAAAAACAGAGAGGAUGACCCGACCCUACUCUGGCAGGUGUAUGGUAGCGCUACGGGCCUGGCUCGCUACUACCCAGCUUCUCCCUGGAUGGAUGCUCGCAAGACCCCCAGUAAAAUUGACCUGUAUGAUGUCCGCAGGAGACCAUGGUACAUUCAAGGAGCUGCCCACCAAGAAGCUAUCCUUUGGAUGCUGAGUAUCCACGUAUGUUGUUGUUGUUGCAGAAGCGGGAGUGUGUCUGGCUUGACUCUCAAACUGAUCAGGACCUCACGUCAGGAGACGAAUCAAUCUGAUGAUGAUUAUUCAACUUGUUAUUUUAACACCAGGGUGAAGAAGACGGCGUGUUUCGACCAUCUGGUUCAAGCCAAUGUGAGGAACAAGAAGGUGCUGAAGGAUGCUGUUCAGAACAUCACAGCUAAAGGAAUUACAAACUACACAAAAGGCUUUGAGUUUGCUUUUCAGCAGCUCUCUACAACUAAUGUGAGUAGAGCGAACUGCAACAAGAUCAUCAUGCUGUUUACUGACGGAGGAGAGGAAAGAGCUCGGGCCAUACUGGAGAAGUACAAUGCUGACAAAAAGGUGAGGAUCUUCACCUUCUCAGUAGGACAACACAACUACGAUAAAGGACCCAUUCAGUGGAUGGCCUGUUCCAACAAAGGUUACUUCUAUGAGAUUCCUUCCAUCGGAGCCAUCAGAAUAAACACACAGGAGUACCUGGAUGUCCUAGGCAGACCAAUGGUAUUGGCAGACAAACAGGCCAAACAAGUCCAGUGGACUAAUGUUUACCUUGAUGCUUUGCAACUGGGUCUGGUCAUCACUGGGACACUACCUGUCUUCAAUAAAACGAAGACCAAAGAUGACAGGAAUGGCGAGCACCAGAAUCAGUUGAUUCUUGGUGUAAUGGGAAUAGACGUGUCUCUGGAUGACAUCAAAAAGCUCACACCACGCUUCACAAUUGGUCCAAAUGGUUACUACUUUGCCAUUGAUCCCAAUGGAUACGUCCUGCUGCACCCCAAUCUCCAGCCAAAGAAUCCUAAAUUUCAGGAACCUGUUACCCUAGACUUUCUGGAUGCUGAGCUGGAGAAUGACAUCAAAGUGGAGAUCAGAAGAAUGAUGAUCGAUGGUGAGACAGGCGAACGCACCAUUAACACUCUGGUGAAAACUCAGGAUGAGAGGUACAUUGAUAGAGGAGUCAGGACCUACACAUUUGCCCCGGUCAAUGGAACAGAUUACAGCCUGGCUCUUGCUCUGCCUCCAUACAGUGAACACUUCAUUCAAGCGAAACUGGGGGACAACAUGAAAAAAGCUAUGUCAUCUUCUUGGGGGCAGGAAGCCAUGGAAACCAUACAGCAGGAGAGUUUUGAUGAGUUUGGUUACACCUACAUCGCUCCAAGGGCAUACUGCAAAGAGCUGAAGUUGUCACUCAACAACACCCAGUUUCUCCUCGACUUCAGCCAGUACAUUGAUAGGAACACUUCAGAUGCAUGUAAUGUUUCCCUGGUGAAUCGACUAAUCCUGGAUGCAGGUCUGACAGCUGAACUGGUUAAACUUUGGAACGAGCAGACAGUGGAUGGGAUAGUGGCCAGGUUUGUAGCCACAGAUGGAGGAAUCACAAGAGUCCAUCCAAGAAGUGCUGGGGAAGAGUGGACUGAGAAUCCUGAGACAUAUGAGUCCAGCUUCUACAAAAGGACCCUGGACAAUGAAAUUUAUAUUUUCACAGCGCCAUCUUUCAACCCAGAAAGCAGGGAGCCUGUUUCGGACUCAGGUAUUCUAGUGAGCAAAGCAGUGCACAUCACGAUUGACGAAGUCACGCUCAAACCAGCAGUGGUGGGAGUGAAACUGAAUAUCUCAUUCUGGAUGAACAGUUUCAUAAAUGCUACAAUGAAACAGAAUUGUAAAGAUGAGAUCUGUGGCUGUCUAAGGAAUGACAAGCAAGUUGACUGUGUGAUCCUUGAUGAUGGGGGAUUUCUUCUCAUGUCCAACCAGGAUGAGUAUAUCUCCCAGAUAGGUCAGUUCUUUGGCGAGGUGGACCCUGUGCUGAUGAUCAGCCUGGUCAACACUUACCUGUACUCCUUCAACAAGACCUAUGACUACCAGUCUGUCUGCGACCCAGAGAAAGACGGCAAGGCAGCAGCAGGACCCCGCUCCGUCUAUGUGCCUACCAUUGCAGACCUGCUCAGUAUUGGCUGGUGGGCCUCCAGUGCUGCCUGGUCAAUACUCCAGCAGCUCUUCUUUGGUCUCAUGUUCCCAAACCUUCUAGAGGCAGCGGAGUCAGCAGAUGAUGACAUACCAGAUGCCAUGUUUAAGGAAAGCUGCAUCACAGAGCAGACUCAGUACUUCUUUGACAAUAAUGAAAGAUCCUACUCUGGUGUCCUGGACUGUGGAAACUGUUCCAGGCUGUAUCGUGCAGAGAAGCUGCCAAACACCAACCUAGUGUUCCUGAUCACUGAUGCCAAGGCAACGUGUUUAUCGUGUGACCCAAGGCCGCUUCGACAGGCUGAACAACCCUCUGAAGGUCCAGAUCCAUGCGAACUGGCUCAGAAUCCCAGAUACCGCAAAGGGCCGGACGUGUGUUUCGACAACAAUGAAAACGAUGAGCCCUUGUGUCCAAUCAGCAGAGGUUCUACAUUGAGCCCCACACCUCUCUUAUUGUUUCUGGCGCUGAGGUCAGGGAGGAUGAUUCUGACUGUGGAGGUGGGACCUGCCUAAGCCCGUAUCUUUGGCCAAUGCUUGGGCUCCAACUACUGCUGCUGUGGCUCGUCACAUCUUUACAACACUCAUGACCCUAAACACAGACAUGCACACAGAUACACACACACACACACACACACACACACACCACACACACACACACACACACACACACACACACACACACACACACACACACACACACACACUCAUAGACUUACACACCGAUCAUCAUUUCAUCUAACAUGAGGCCACAAGACACUCCAGUUAUGCCAUCCAGGAUGUAUGCAAAGUAUUUGCAACAAGACAUUUUGUUUUCUGACGACAGUAUGAGCAUUUCCAUUUUCCAAUGGCAAAGGUUGCUUGUCAAUAUCCUACUUAUCAUCUUCAAAAAUAGAGACACCUUUACUGUGCUACACUGCACUGAGUUCUAUGAUUUACUCCUUCAUACUCUCUUAUGGUGCAAGAGUAAGAGCUAAUCAAACCCUUUAAUUCUUCCACAUUUGUUUCUCUGAUUUAUUAAGCGGAGGUUGAAGAGUCCCACUAUGCCAACUAAAUAUCCAGUUUAUUUAAAUGUUUUUUAAAUGUACUGUACCUGUCUAUUUAAAUCUUUUGUACUCAAAAUUAACUAGCAUUACAUGACAAGUUAGGUGUUGUAUUGUAGCAGCAUGUGCUCAGUACAGAGCUAAAGACAACACUAGUACUCUGACACCAAAGCUCACACAGUACCAAGUACCACAGAUAUAAACCUACUACGGAGAAUCUUCAGGCUAGUUUAUUUUAAGUGAUUCCUCAGAUGUGGGUUUACUCCAGUAUUAAAGUUACAACAUUAUCCAGAUAACUAGACGGAUAGCUUGGAUAUCUUGCUGAGAAAUAAGUGAGAUCAAAAUCUAUUAGGAUAUUACAAUUUCAAAUAUGUUUGUACUUGGUCUAACAACUUUGGUUGUCUUCAAUUCCAUGCAUCAAAUUCCCAGUGCCUACAUAGUAGCUCAAACUGUCUGUUAUCUGAAUGAACAAUGAAUCAAAGAUGUAUUCUUAUCAUGUACUGUAUGCGUGUAUGCUAAUGCUUGCUGCAGUAUAGCAGAGGUGGUAGUACUAUGUUUUGAAUUGGGCCAAAACUGCUGCAGUUAUUCUAAUUUAUUUGGUCCGGAAAUCAGUAGAAAUAACCAGUGGUUUUGAUCGUAGUAGAGGAAUAUCAUGUUCCUCAAUGUUCAAAACAAACCUAAACCAGACUUGAGCUUUGUGUUCCAACACCUCUCUCUUUUAGUCCUGUAUCUGUUCCCUUUGUGAAUCAUCAGACUCAGGAGCCAAGAUGACUUGUGAAUGAGAUCAGCAUAUCAAAAUGACUGUUUCUUUGUGUUCUUCUUCUUGCUGUUCUCCUUUUGCUUGUUUCCUCUUUGUUUUAGUGCUGUGAAGCAGGCGCUGAGGGCUCAGUGUCGAAAUGCUGCAAUGUCAUGGGAUGAGCUUGUUCUGUGUUUGAACGCUGUCUAUGCCUAUGGUCAGCAUUAGGGCCUGUUGGAGAGAACUUUGAGAAUAUACUACUACCACUGGUAAUUUUACAUUGCCUUACAUUACCAUAAGUCAUAAAAAUCACACACACGUUUUUAAAUUUUUCUUCUUUUUUAGCUAUUUUAAGUUGAGUUCUCUCCAUCUCGCCUUCAUGGUGACCUUGUUGAGGUUAUGCCUGUCUAUCAAAGUUGUGUGUUGACUUGUGUUUUACCAAGGGGGUCCCUGGUCUAUGUGCAGGCAUGUGUGUGCCCCUCUGAUAUCUGAUUGUGCUUUAAUACUGUACAUGAAUUACUCUUUUGUGGAACUUGACUAACCUACUACUAAUACAUUUUGUAUACAUUUGUACACUAAUAAUAUUUACUGUAUAAAAGAGAAAAUGAAAGAAAAGAAAAAUGUUUAUAAUAUGGUGUUGAUUAUUGUGCAAAUAUAAUAUAUUCACAAUAAAAGUGUUGUAUUGUUAUGACCUGA